GGAGAUAUUGUUGUGCUGAGGAGGUUGGCGGCGCGGAGGGACAAUUACCGGAAUGGGGAGGUAUGCGGCCGGUGGGUGAUUAUUCGUUGGAGCAGCUUCGAGAAGGGAUUCUUCUGGGACAUGUGAAGAAGAGCAAUGCUUCCCAGUUGGAUAGAUCUACCAUUAGCUGCUGGAUGAUUUCUGCAUGCAGCACACAGUGAGAGAAAUACAAGAAAUUUAAACUAACUUUAUUUUGCCAUGCCAUUACCUUUUGGGAUAAAAUUGAAAAGGACACGCAGAUAUACUGUCUCCAGUAAGAGCUGUUUGGUUGUACGAAUCCAAUUGCUGGAUAAUGGAUUUCUGGAAUUCACACUUUCUGUUGAAAGCACUGGCCAAGAAUGUUUGGAAGCUGUUGCACAAAGAUUAGAGCUGAGAGAGGUCACUUACUUCAGUCUGUGGUUCUAUAAUAAGCAGAACCAAUCUCGAUGGUUGGAUCUGGAAAAGCCCAUGAAAAAGCAGCUAGAUAAAUAUGCCAUUGAACCUACAGUUUAUUUUGGUGUGGUAUUCUAUGUACCAAGUAUUUCACAACUUCAGCAGGAGAUUACAAGAUUCCAGUAUUAUCUACAACUGAGGAAAGAUAUUUUGGAAGGUCGCAUACCUUGCUCACUAGACCAAGGAAUUCAGCUUGCUGGUUUAGCUGCACAGGCUGAUUUUGGAGACUAUGAUCAGUAUGAAUCCCAAGACUUCCUCUACAAGUGUGAUCUUUUUCCAGUUAAUUGGAUUCAAGAUGAAAGGAUGCUUCAAGAAGCAACACAGAAAGUUGCUUCAUUAUAUCGGAAAUUCAGGGGCUUUACUCCAUCUGAGGCAGAGUUAUUGUUUCUUCAGGAGGUGGUGAAAAUGGAAGGUUAUGGUCAUGAAAACUAUGCAGCCAAGGAUAGCCAAGGAAAUGAUCUCCUUUUAGGUGCAUGUUUGGAAGGCAUCUUUGUGAAGCACAAAAACAGCAGACCUCCCUCUGUCUUCAAAUGGAAUGACAUAUCUAACUUGUCUCACAACAAAUCCUUCUUUGCAUUAGAGCUGGCAAACAAAGAGGAGACCAUUCAGUUCCAGACUGAAGAUAUGGAAACAUCCAAAUAUGUAUGGCGAAUGUGUGUUGCACGCCGCAAGUUUUAUAGUCUGAAUAAAAACUGUAACUUACAAGCUCAGACCGCUUCAGUAAGCCCAGUCCGAAGGAGCAUGUUGUCAAGAAUAUCAUUGCCAAAACCACCUCAGUACAUGAUGCCGUUACCCCAGUUACAUUACACUGGACACUACAUAGAGCCCUAUAAAUCUUCUCAAGACAAUAUUUACAUGAACAAUCAAAAUAGCUUCUAUCAAUCGCAAACCAGUUUGGAUAGAGCUCCAUAUGAAUACAAUGGUCGAAUCCGAAAUGGCAGUAUCUAUAGUGCACAUAGCACCAGCUCUUUAAAUAACCCACAGCACUUUAUGCAAGCAUCUCCGAUGUCUUCAAAUCCUAGCAUGACUGGAAGUGAUGUAAUAAGAGGAGAUUACAUCCCAACCAAUAGACACAGUGCAAUUAUUCCACCGUCCUAUAGGCCAACUCCAGAUUACGAGACUGUUAUGAGGCAGCUAAAUCGUGGAAUGAUUCAAAAUGAAAGGCAAAGCCAUUCUAUGAGAAAUCUUAAUAUAGGUAAUUCUUAUGCCUACAGUAGACCAGAUCCACUUGUUUAUAGCCAACCAGAAAUCAGAGAACAUUCUCAGUUCAAUUCACAAAAUAUGUAUCAGUACCCUUUUCAUUUGAACUAUAGUUUCCAUAGUCAAUCUCCAUAUAUAAAUUCAACUGAUCGACGUCCUGUUGUUGGGGCUGUUAGUGUGCCAGAAUUGACUAAUGUUCAAUUACAUGCUCAGGAUUACAAUGCUGCAAACAUGCUGAAAACCCAAGUAUACAGGCCUCCUCCACCCUAUCCUUAUCCAAGACCUGCAAAUAGUACACCUGACCUUUCCCGACAUGUGUAUGUUAGCAGCAGCAAUCCAGAUCUGAUUACAAGGCGUGUGCAUCACUCCGUACAGACUUUCCAGGAGGAUAGUUUGCCUGUUGCGCAUUCACUACAGGAAGUUAGUGAGCCCCUAACUUCUGCCAGACUACAUACAAAUAUUCAUAAACGUAACAGCAUUGAGAUUGCUGGACUUGUGCACAAUUUUGAGAGUUGGAAAAUAAAAGAAAGGACAGUGUCCACACCAGGCACCGAAACAAACUCGGAAAAAGUAACUCCUGCAAAUUCACAACCAAAUGUUUCUUUUGAGCAAACAAAACCCAGAGAGACUGAAGUUCACAAAGACAAAAGUUACCAGCACGGGCGAUCUUUCUCGGAUGCAACUAUGCUGAUUCACAGCAGUGAAGAUGAUGAGGAAUAUGAUGCAAGGUGCAUUGACCAGACAUCUCAGAUGCUACACCUUGAUUCCACAUCUCCAAUGUCAGCCAAGUUAAAUCAAUUGAUUAAUGAACCACUGCCAGACUCUCUGUAUAGUUCUGCACCUGCUCUCGGGAGACAGCAGAACUCAGAAAAGAGAGCACAAGAAAGGGAGGUAACAGAAGCAAUGCAGUUUCUUCCAUUUGUGUCUGAGUCUGACCUCAAUACAGUUGGAAAAAUCCAGAUGAGAAGGCAGGCUUCCAAGAAGAGACCAAUGUCUGAAGUGCUUUCUAGUAGAUUAUAUGCAAUGGAAGCUCUCCCACCACUUGGGGAUAUAAGAAAAGGAACUCGUGUAUCAGAUAUUAGGAAAAUUGGACCACUGAGAAUGGCAGAAUUAAAUGGAUUGACACCAUUUCAAAAGCCUUUACCUGAUGUUAUUAAAGAUGAGCCAAUCAAGACAUCAUAUGAUGAAAGAUGCAAAAUCUUGGAGCAGCGUCUAGAACAGAAAAUGGUGUUUACAGAAUAUGAAAGAGUUCCAAAGAAAAACCCAACAGCAGAAUGUACCAUAGCAUUGCUACCUGAAAACGCUGAAAGAAAUCGAUUCGCUGAUGUUAUUCCCUAUGAUGAUAAUAGGGUGGAAUUAGUGCCUACAAAAGAGAACAAUACUGGUUACAUAAAUGCAUCACAUAUAAAGAUAAUAGUGGAAGGCAGGGAAUGGAAUUACAUUGCCACACAAGGACCACUCCAGACCACUUGUCUUGAUUUUUGGCAAAUGGUGUGGGAGCAAGGUGUUGCUAUCAUUGCCAUGGUUACAAUAGAAGAGGAAGGAGGGAGAGAGAAGAGUUUUCGGUAUUGGCCUCGAUUAGGUUCCAGGAAUAACUCUGUCACCUAUGGAAGAUUCAAAAUUACUACACGAUUUCGAACAGACUCGGGUUGUUAUGCAACUACAGGGUUGAAAAUCAAACAUCUAUUGAAUGGGCAAGAGAGAACAGUGUGGCACUUGCAGUAUACAGACUGGCCAGAAAAUGGCUGUCCAGAUGAUAUCAAAGGAUUCCGAUCAUAUUUGGAUGAAAUUGAGUCAGUGCGUCGUCAUACCAAUAGUACAGCAGACAGUAAACAUCCAGAUAUGCCUUUGCUUAUACACUGUAGUGCCGGUGUAGGAAGGACUGGUGUUGUGAUUUUAUCGGAAAUUAUGAUUGGCUGUCUGGAGCACAAUGCGACUCUGGACAUUACAACCAUGCUGAAUCUGCUCAGACAGCAACGAAUGUUAAUGGUGCAAACGAUUACACAAUAUAUCUUUGUCUACAAAGUGCUCAUUCACUUUCUGAGAAGUUCUAGGCUGAUUUAACCUUGCAUUCAUUAUGCUAUGACUUUUCAACCAAACAGCUGAUUGCAAAAUUGUUUUAAAUGAAAGAAACGUUUUUCUAAUGCCUUGAGUGGAGGAGGAGAAAGAAUCAUUUUGCAUAAAAACAUGCGAAGCACACGAGAAGCACCAAAUUAAGGACGAAGUUAAAUGUUACCCUGUAUUCUGUUACCCCUGAUAUUUUUAACAGUUUUAAAACUGGUCUUGCGCUUCACAUGGCAGGACAUUUUAUGAAGAAAAUAGUUCAUUUGACUAAUACAAAGUAAGUGAAACCUAUCUUAGUGCAGUUUUUUCAUUUAAAUUCGGGUGCAAAUUAAAGUUAAGUAAAUUUUAACCAUUUCCUCCAUCUGAACAUUAUUGAAAACACGAAUAUCUUGGGAUAAACAUUAUGAAACUCUAUUUGGUGCAUGAUCGGUUUUAAGCUAUAGUGGAAGUAUUUUACCUUGAAGAGGAAUGUGAUGAUGGCUGCUAUAUUUCAAUAGCAGGAGAAAAUGAAAAUAUGCAAGCCGAACGAAUGAAUGUGAGAUUGAACUGGUGCAAAUGAAAGUUUUGUUAAAAUUAAUAUUUAUAGAUCAGAAAUUUGUGUGUAAAUAGGUGAAAAAUCCUUUUUUUAGGCUUAUGAUGUACCAUGGUUUACAGAAGUAAUGAAAGUACAUGUAAUGAUAUGAAAUAAACUAAUCCUGUUUAUUUUUCAAUAGACAUGUUCAGUUAGGCAUGACUGUCAAUUUUUGUAAAAAAAAAAUGGUGUGUAUAGUUUAAUUAAACUCAAUUUUAAUUAUUGAAACUUAAAAGUUAUGUGAUUACUAAAAACAAUGUAAGCUUAUUUAGUUGAAUUAUCUACUUUAAUUGUUAGACCUGUUCUUAUAUUUGAAUUGCUUUUAGCUUAGGUUUAAAUUUGAGUAUUUUAGCACUGAUAACUAUUUGAUGUAAUUGAGUGAGUCUGCACACAACUGGUUUUUGUGUGACCUUCACUCUAAAAUACUUUAAUGUAAUAUAAUUUUGCAGUAAAACACUUCAACCAUAAUCUAUGAAUUGGAAAACUGCUGCUAAGUGACUUGAGUUUACAAAGUGUAAAAGAGAGGGAUUUCAGCUCAGUGUCCGUAAUGUUUCUUCUAGCGGUUACCUGGAAGCAUUUUUAUUAAUCUUCCCAACUCUCUUUAUUGAUUUCCAUUUGAGUCAGUAAUUAUGAGAAAAUUAGUUAUGAUGAAUGGUUGUUUGUUUCCUUUACAGGGUAGCAUAUUCAGCCACGCAAGUAUGAAGGACAAUCUGUAAAACGUUUUUGUGUAUAUAUAAAUUAUGUAGAUCACAUCAUAUUCUUAAAUGAAAUGUACAGGGCUUUACUUCGUGAAGAUUAUCUGAGUGUGUGGUUUUGUACAUUAAAGUCAAUAUACUGUAUUCUUUCUUGGUGUUCUCUUUACAUCAGAUGGAAUAUGACUUGUACAUUGUGUUUACAAAUGUUGCUUUAAAAUGUUUUAUAACUUUGAAUUCUGUCACUUUGAGUAAUACUCAAAGUUUUGACAUUGUAGAGUAUACUGUUGGAACCCACCCAUCUGUUACAUGUGUGAAAGGCAUCUCUGCAGAGAUGGUGAAAUAUUUUUGCUUUCUGAAAAAUAAGUAAACUGUUUUGUAACUGCUGAUUCAAAUAUAAAUACCACUGUGUAGUAUAAAUAAAUUGUUGCAUAAUUUGGCUGAA